AUGGCACCCCCUUCUCUGCCCCCCGCCAUUCAGGUCUCUCGAACCCUUUUCAUCCUCAGCAUCGUCAUCUCCUCUGUCUCUGACCAACUGGAGUCUUCCGUCUUCCUUGACCGAGCCCCGUCCUCCGCCCUCCCCGGGACCCGCGACACAAGUCCUGUCAUCGCCGCCGGCUUUGCCUUUUCCCAGCACUACGUAUCGGCGUUUGCCCUGGACAAUCACUUUUCCUGGUACGCCUGA